AAAGCUACGCCACAGUUGGCUGUGCCUCGCUCGAGUAAGUGAAAAGGCAACGUUUCACGUCCGCCAUAUUUGUUUGAGAGUGUGUGUUGUGUGUUGGUUGGACUUUGACUCCACGCAGAUUCCUCAAAUUCGCCUUUUACGAACCAUUUUUAGAUGUGUACUUCAGGAGGACCCCCGUUUUUCUCUUUAAGGGUAGUCACAUGAUUUUGACCGACGCCACGAUGAACAGUGACGAGAUCAAGGCGGAGUACACCUCCAGCCUCCAGGAUCUCACUUUUAACAGCAAGCCGCUAAUAAACAUGCUGACAAUGCUAGCGGAAGAGAAUCUGGCGCACGCCCCCUACAUCGUAGAGGCGAUCGAAGAGCACCUCGAUAAGGUUCAGACCAAUGUCAAACUUCCUAUUCUGUAUCUCAUCGACUGUAUCGCCAAGAAUAUUGGACAAACUUACACGACACUCUUCAGCCAAAAUAUCGUCAAGACUUUCUGCAGCGUUUUUAAAGUGGGUGUUUUAUCUCAAGUGAUCGGUGAAAGUUUUUUCAAAACUACCUGUGUAGAAAACAACUCACAUAUAAAGAAUAUACAGAAGAAGUCUGUUCAGGAGCAUCAUAAACUUGAACAGAGAAUUUCAGGCGUUGCCGUGGAUGAAGAAACGAGAGCAGAAAUGUUCAAACUUCGUCAAACCUGGAACAACAUCUUCCCCCAAAUGAAAUUAUAUGCUAUAGACGUCCAAAUCAGCAUGUUAGAUCCAGCAUGGCCCGUGACAGCCCAACCGCCUUCCAACAGCAUUCAUUUCAAUCCCAAAUUUCUAAAAACCACCAAACCCAAACCAGAAAUAACACCACCCAUUGUCCCCGAACCGUCAGCGGCCACCUUGGACAUGGAAACAUUCACCAUGCAGCAAAAACUAAUCCAGAAGCAAAAAGAGCUCAUCGAGCUCCAGCAGAAAAAGCUGAAACUGGAGUUGUUACAAACGCAAGUCAAGCUCCAGAAGCAGCUGGAGAACAAUCCGAAUGCCGUCGUCCCCAACAACGCCCCCCCGAGAACACAGAAUAUCCUUCUUAAACCAGAGGUCGCGAAACAGUUAAUGCCUGAAGUGGCAAAGCAGUUAUUGCCGGCUGCGUCCAGAGAGGCAAAAACCAAACCAAACGUGGGUGUCGGUUCGAGAGUGCAAGCCACAACUCGAAUAACUCCAGUGAAUAGCGCUCUUGUGGCCACCGCGACGAAACCGACCCGAGAUCCACGUUUGCUGCGGCAGCACGCCGAAAAAUCUAGCAACGGCACGGCCCUCACCAACAGUAGUAGUACUAGUGUUUCAUUAGGAUCUAAGCCUACAAUAUUAGAUUCUAAUAAUAAAGUUGUUACAAUUACAAAGAGCGUUCGAGACAGCCGUAUCGAACCUCGUUUAGUUAAUAAUAAAGACAAUGCCCUUCCAUCCCAAGUCAAACUAGACAAAUCCAAAACUUUCCCCAAGUCCAGACAGUCUGAACAAAAACCACUCAAACCACCACGCAACAAAAACACAGACACCGACUCGAAAUCGUUCUCGGUCAAAAGCUCCCCAAACCUCUCAGACUCUCCAACAAAGAGCAAAAGUGACAAAAACGAAUCGAAGUCGCCGACCAAGUCUCCUAGCAGACAUAAAAAGAAAGAUCACAGCUCGGGUGACAAAAAAAGCUUUAAGGAGCUGAAGCGCGACAGGGACGGCAAAAGCCACAAGAGCGACUCGUCGCCGCCCGCCUUCAAGGGCGUGAAGGGGGCCACGAAGAACCGCAACUACAUCCGCAGGAACCGCUCGCCGUCGUACAGCCCGGAGCCCAACCACCAGGACACGGACCUCCGGCUGGCGGGGCCGCCGCCGGAGAAACAGGCGCGCCUCCAGGCCGAGCAAGGCGACGACAAGCGUAAGUUGCCGAGGUCCCCGAAGAGCGCCGAAGUCAAUUUCACGGCGGGGGUGUCUCUAGCGGGCAAGGUCGUGAGUCCGCAGGGGAUGGACGUGGACCUGAGGCAGCUGAACGAGGUGUCGAAGAAGCGCGUGUCGGGGGAUAGUCUGGAGAGCGGCGCCAAGAAGUCCAAGCACGAAGUUCUAGACGCAUUGUUCGGGAACGAAGACACUGAUCUUCGGACCGUUCUGCCGGUGGCCCAACCCGAGCGGCCGCCGACGCCGCCGCCGCCCAUAAUCUCCUACUCCGAGAAGGAGAAGGAGAAGGAGUCGCCGAAGAAAACGUCCGACUUCGACGCCGUCCGCGCGAAGCUGGCCAACGCCACCGGGAGGGACAAAAUCAUGGCGAAAUCUUUCCGGAAGAAGCGGCCCCAGGAGGACGAGGACCUGCGCGUUCCGCCGAUUUCGCCGCGCUCCGCCAACGACAGCAUGAAGAAGAUCAUCAUCUCGUCGGACGACGAGCAGUGCAUUAAGGCCGGGACGAUGACCAAGGAGCAGGAGAAGCAGCUGAUGAACAAGAUAAUCGCCCAGAUCGAGCAGCAGAAGUUGCAGGAGGCGCAAAUGCGGGACAAGGAGGAGUCGGUGGGGAGCCUGCAGCCGGUCAGCGACGAGGAGUUGGACUUCGGGGACGAGGCCGACGCGAAGUUCGGGGACAAGGACGACAGGGUCAGUUACCACAAGUUUUCGAGGGAGUCGAGGCGGGGCGGGUCGUACUGGAGGGGCAGCAAGCGGCGGCACUGGGAGAACCCGCACAUGGGGGCGCACCCGAGGCCGCCGAUCAGGCCGUGGCUGCACCAGAUGAACGCGUGGAGGCCCAUCGGGCCGAACUUCGGCAGGCCGUCGAGCCGUAACGAGUUUAAUAACGAUUUUGGGAGUGGUCAGGGCGUGGACGGGAAAAAGUCGCCGGAGGUUCCGCCGGAAGUUACCGUAGAUUCUGUGAAUCAGGACGAUAUAAAGACUAUUAAUAUCGAUAAGGUGCCGCGUGAUAUACGAUAUUACGAGGAGACGGCGAUCGUUUUCAUGAACUGGGACGAUCCCAGGGAGAUUUCCUUCCAAAAUGGAAGCAGACACGUCAUUUUUGACGAUAAGGAGGUCUACUUGUUGUCCUUCAAUGAAGGGUACAAGGAGCUGAGUAUAAACGGCGCGAUGCACAAAGUGAAACUGGGGGCGCCGACCAGGGAGAUUUUCAUUGAUGGGAAGCCGUAUGAGUGCUACUUCGGGAGUCCCGGGAUUACGAUAGAUUUAGAUGGGAAAAUGACUACGGUCAAGUUAGAGAAACCACCACCAGAUGUCCGAAUCGGCACCGUGAAAAGAACCGACUUGGUCGCCGGCAAAGUAAAUCUGAUAAUCGAUGCGAAAAUCCUAGUUCCCGUUUUCUUGGAUGCCAAAGUGCAAAAGUUUGUUAUUGAUGGUGAAACUCAUACAUUAAAAUUUGUAGAUGCUUUGAAAACUGUUUUAAUAAAUGAUGUUCCAUUUAAAGUUGAAUUUGGUGGCCUCCCUAAACCUAUUACUGUCCAUGAUAAGAAACAUUUUAUCAGAUUUUCAGUGUUGCCGAAGGGUAUUAAACCGGGGUUAGUGUGUAUUAAAGACAUGGAGGGCGCGCAGAUCGCCGAGACUGACGACAGUCAGGACGGCUCGGCGUUCGCUAGUGUCGAUAUUAACGAACCUGCUCUGCCCGUCUUCUCCCGCAAGAAAAAGGUGGAAGAUGAGCAAGACAGAAACUCCAACUCACCGCACUUCUUCCAGCAUUUCAUGCAACAAAACAACCUGGACGUCUUAUCGAGCGUUAUGACCUCAUCGAUGACGCCUUCCGCCUCCAGCGGCGGCUACCAAGUCGAGAAUCUAUUACCCACCUCGGACACCCAAAACAGCCAGUCCAUGGACGCCCUUCCUUACGUCAACCCGGCCCCAAUCCUACCCCCGAGCCUCAACAUCAACGAGCUCUUCCAGAAGCUCGUCGCCACAGGAAUCGUGGCCACCAAAGAACCAGAACUACCACCGAUCUACCCCAUCAAGCCCGCCCGGCGCAACCCCCUCGAACACCUCAAAGUGAUCAACUUCAACCGACCCGAAACCCUGAAAAUGCGCCAGAACCCUCUCUACGAAGCUUUAUACUCCGGGAUGCAGUGCAGCAGCUGCGGCAUGCGCUUCCCUCCAGAGCAAAGCAUGCGCUACAGCCAGCACCUCGACUGGCACUUCCGCCAGAACCGCAAAGGCAAGAAGAACAUCCGCGUCGGGGCCACCCGGAGGUGGUUCUACUCGCUCUCCGACUGGAUGAACUACAUCGAGGUCGAAGACCUCGAAGAAAAGGAGAACUUCUUCGACCAGCAGCAGAUGCAAGCGGAAGGCGCCGGCGAGGACGCCGACGAAGAAGUCGAAGUGCCUAGCGUUCCCGCCGACCCCGAAGUCCAAGAAACGCACUGCGACGUGUGCCAGGACAAGUUCGACCAGUUCUUCAACGAAGACAAGGAGGAGUGGCACCUGCGGAACGCGAUCCGAGUCGACGACAAGACUUACCACCCGGUGUGCUACGAAGACUACCAGACGUCGCUGCUGGAGCCCGCGGAGGACAGCCGCAUCGAGGAGGCCAGUCACGAAGACGUGAAAGAAAAGACUGAGGAACUGAACAUCCCCGGCUUGGAGAUUAUUCUCGACGACGACGACGACGAAGAGCCGAAGGAGGAGGAAGUGGUGAUCGACGAAAGCGACGAGUCGAAACCGUCGAACGAAGAGGCGAAGGAGGAGCCGGAGGAGGACGAGGACGAUGACGACGACGACGACGUCAUCAUCCACGAAGUCGUACCUGAAAAAAUCGAAGUCGACGACGACAAGGAGUACACGGAUAGUUUGCCUUCGGAGCUCCCGAUCAAGGUCGAGCAGAUCGACGACGGCUUCAUGGACGUGGAGGAGGGCUUGAUGAAAAUCAAGAACGGUGGGGGGCACAUUAAAAUUAAAAGUGAACCCAUCGAUCCCGAUGAUGUGGCGUUGGUGACGCCCCCGGAGGAACCGGCGUCGUUCGCGGAGCCCAGCCAGCCGACGACCAUAAUCAGUUCCAUCGAUGGUAAUACCGAGCCCGUUUUGAGCGUCCCGACGACGACGGCGAGUAUUGGGAGUAAAAUUAAAAUUAAUAUUAGUAAACCUUUACCUGUGAUCACUCCUAAAGAACCGAAGGAAAUUCCGUGUGAUAGUGUACCUAGUUUAGAGCCGGUGAUCGAUCCGUCGCAGCCUUUGCCCCCCGGGGAGGAGCCCGUUCAGCUGAACAUCAAGCCGGCGCUUCGGGGUGUCGAACUGAAGAAAUUGCCCCCAGUGCAAAAAGGAAGCGAGUUGACUGGAAUGUGCAGUAUAAUGUGAUUGAGUUUAGUGCUCCAGUGUGCGUUUGCGUCAAUCAGUCGGACUAAAGGGGACUGUUUUGUAUAAAGUUACGUUUAUUUGCACUGAAUUUAUGACUUUUUUACGAUUUAUUUUAAAUCCUGCUGUAUCUACUACUGAUAGUAAAUGAUUUGUAUUUUUUUGACAUUUGAGAAAUGUUGAGCCGUUUUAUGAUUAUGUUGUUGUCAUUUGUUGAAAAUAAAUUUAUUUUUUAAAAAAUCAUGUGUAUACAACCUUGUAUCUAACGUUUUCUUAUACACGUUAAUAAAUGGUUUGAAUAUAA